UUUAAAUGUCUGACAGCAGUGUGCUCCGCCUCUCGCGCUCAGUGUGUGUGUUUUAUGUGUGUUUCCUCGUCAUGGCCGCCGCUCCGGACUCUCCUCUCUACCUGGGCCUGGACUUCAGCACCCAGCAGCUGAAGGUGGUGGCCAUUGAUGGAAACCUCAACGUGGUUCAUCAAGACAACGUUCAGUUUGAUUCUGAGCUGUCUGAAUUCAGGACUCAGGGAGGAGUUCACAUCCACGCUGACAGACUGACGGUCACCUCACCUGUGCUGAUGUGGAUCAAGGCUCUGGACCUGCUGCUGAACAAGAUGAAGAGGGCGGGGCUUGAUUUCUCCCGCAUCAGAGCACUAUCUGGGAGUGGUCAGCAACACGGCAGCGUGUUCUGGAGAAAAGGAGCAUCUCAGACUCUGAACCAGCUCGAUCCGGACCGGAGCCUGCAUCACCUGCUGCAGGACAGCUUCUCGGUGUGGGACAGUCCGGUGUGGAUGGACUCCAGCAGCAGCCAGCAGUGUCAAGACUUGCAGGCGGCAGUAGGGGGCGCCCUGAGGCUGGCAGAGAUCACCGGGUCCAGAGCCUACGAGCGUUUCACAGGAAACCAGAUCUCCAAACUUCGUAGGAGCCGAGCCGAAGACUUUCAGGACACGGAGAGGAUCUCAUUGGUCAGCAGCUUCGCGGCCUCUCUCUUCCUGGGUGGAUAUGCCGCCAUCGACUACAGUGACGGUUCUGGAAUGAAUUUGUUGGACAUCAGGACCAGAAACUGGUCCAGGAUCUGCCUGGAAGCUACCGCUCCUCAUCUGGACCGACUGCUGGGUCCUCCGCUGCCGUCCAUGUCUGUUCUGGGUCCAGUUUCCUCCUACUUUGUGCAUCGAUAUGGUUUCUCUGAGAGCUGCAAAGUGGUGGCGUUCACAGGCGAUAAUCCAGCAUCUCUGGCAGGGAUGAGACUCCAGCAGGGAGACGUGGCCGUGAGUCUGGGGACCAGCGAUACUGUGUUUCUGUGGAUCCAGGAGCCUCGGCCGGCUCUUGAGGGCCACAUCUUCUGCAGCCCGGUGGACUUGCAGGCCUUCAUGGCUCUGCUGUGCUUCAAGAACGGAUCUCUGACCAGAGAGCGGAUCAGGAACGAGUGUGCUGCAGGAUCAUGGGAGGAUUUUUCUGCCGCUCUAAAGGACACGCCGCUGGGAAACGGCGGAAACAUUGGUUUUUACUUUGACACCAUGGAGAUCACCCCUUCUGCGGUGGGCGUUCAUCUCUUCGACUCAGACGACCAUGAGGUGUCCUCAUGGAGUCCUCAUGUGGAGAUCCGGGCUCUGGUGGAGGGUCAGUUUCUGUCCAGGAGGCUUCAUGCUGAGAGGCUGGGCUACUCCAUCCUCCCAGGAACCAGAGUUUUGGCAACAGGAGGAGCUUCGUCCAAUCGGGAGAUCCUGCAGGUUCUGUCUGAUGUGUUCAACGCUCCGGUUUACACCAUCGAUCUGUCCAGCUCCGCCUGUCUGGGAUCAGCCUACAGAGCUCUGCACGGUCUGGUUGCAGAAUCUGGAGUCUCCUUCUUUGAUGCGGUGAAGAAAGCACCCAAACCACAACUAGUUGCCUCCCCAAACCCGACAGCAAAGCAGGUGUAUGAUGAGAUGCUGAAGCGCUUCGCCCAACUGGAGGACAGAGUCCUGCAUAAGACCUGCAGCUGAGCAGUCAUCCAAGUCGGUGAAAUCCUAAUGGCGACGUGUCCACUGUGUUUUCGUUUCUCAUAGGACAGUUCUUCUCACAAUCAUGUUGACAGUACUGAGCGUUCACCCGGUAUGGUGAUAACAUCAGAUAGACGCAGCUUUUCCUCAGUUUUCUUGGUUGCCAGGUAACAGUUUCUGCCUGUGUGACUGGUUGACUGAAACUUCUCCACGGUGUUGACACAACAAAGCGUCACACUGUUUCUCUUCUGGCUUUUCCUUCAGGAAAAAACUCAGCAUGGACACUCAGCCUGGCAGUCUCACAUAUAAAAACCCUGAAUGUUUUUAAUCAGAGUCAAUAAUUUUAGUAUUAUUACAGUUCUGAGGACCUCAUUAGAUUUUAGUCAUAAAGAAUUAAAGACGUGAGUUGCUCUGAAUCUUUAAAUCAUUUCAGAAGUGAAGUCUUUCAUCACAAAUUAACCUCAAAGGCUCAGAUCUGUUUACAGUCUAAGGAAAGGUUUUGCUGCUGGACUCCGUUCAGCUUUUGGUUUAUUUUUAGUUAGUUUGAAAGCACAAAGACAUCAGGGUCAAUCAGGACAUCCAAAAGAAGUAAAAGACUUGUGGUUAAUCCAAACAGACCAGACAUGUCCUUCACCAGAUGUCUUAAAAGCCAAAAUUCUUGAAAACAGAAUCAACAUUCACUAGAAAGUAAGAGGAAAUCAAAACAUGAUGUAAAAUCCUUCAACGUUUAUCAUGUUUUUCCUCAUUCUCAUUUUCUCAGAAAUUCUGAAAUUACAUUUUUCAAACUCUACAGGUCUGAAAGGGAGAAACUUGCGUCAUGUUUCCUUAUGUUUCAGUGAGUCUAAACAUGUUGUCACAGUGAAGCGCUCCUCAGCACAGUUUAACUGUUUCAGAUUUAAACAGAUAUUUUACAAAUACACUAACACAGAGUGCAGAAUCUGGACUGGAUCUAGUUUGUUAGACCCAUAUUCAGUGUGGAACAAGCAACUGAAGGAUUUUAACUUGUCUAGUGAGUUUGAAUACGCAGAUGCUGGAUCUGUUCGUUCAAGCUUCUGGAUUGGACCAAAACAGAAAUUAGUAUAUUUUUUCAGAGGUGAACACAAAUAUUUUCCAAUACAGUUUGUUUUGCUCCUACAUUCCCAAAACAUCUAAUCUGCUCCACAUGAAAGCACACAGACCGAUUGAAGGAGUCAAACCAUAAGAAGGUGAUUUAGCCCCGAAGCCAUGUUAGUUAUUCAUAAGGAAGACAAAUUAAGAUGGACAUAUGGAAACUGUGUUUUAGAAGCUUGUAUGAAAACUAAAACGAGCAUUAUUGGAUUACAUCAACAAAACUGUAAAUGUUGGGUGUCUUUGCUCCGUGUGAAAUACAACAGCUUGAAUGUUUGUGCGGUGCCCACCAAGAUUUAUAUGAAAGCACUUUUGUGUUAAUCGACUUAAUGUGGAAAGUUUGAGAUCAUGUCAAAGUGACAGCGGAUUAGAGCUGAUCAGUAUCCGAAUGCUCUGCAUUUUGUAAAACAUAUUUCUGUUCUGAAUUCACUGCUAAUGAUGUGUUUGAACAUAACAGACUUAUUCUACAUCCUAGUAUUCUCU